CAUUGAGCAGGCAUGUUUAUUAGCGUAUUUUUUAGAGUUUUUGAAAGGUGAUUGCUUGUUUGGUAUUUUUUUCCUGUUGAAGGUAAAAAAGUGGCUGUAGACCAAGUGAUGGAAGAGUGGGGUGGGUCCAGUACCCCUCUUUGGGCGACAACCAAUGUGACGAUCGUCACUAUCAACAGCACCCCGGCAACUGAUGUCCUGGUUAGCGGAUGCUUUACAAACUUCAACACUAUAGCUUGUUUGAGGGGUUCGCUGCUGUCAUUCUUGGCGGUGCUGACAGGGGUGUUAUGUGUCCUGAAGGUGAUCAAACUUCACCGUGCCCAGCACCAGAACUGGCAUCAGUACUUCAUCUUUUACUGUGCCUCCCUCGAGUGCGCCAUCGCGGCCGUGCACUUCACAUUAAACAUGUAUGUACAGAUGGACUUUGCACUGCAGUGGUUGAAGCUGGCCCAGUUCCUUGUUAUGUGUCACUUUUACUGGGUGCUGGCCACCCGGGCUCUUCGCAGGGAAAUGUGGUCAAAAAGGUUUUUAAUCCCGUUCCUUGCAGUAGCUUGUUUAUACUUUACCACUGUGGCAACACUCGGCAUUGUGGAAAUCACUAACACAUUCUCUGAGUGCUUUCAGCCCUAUUGGUUGAUGAUGUCAUCAGCAGAGUUUCUGAUAGUACAGCUGUUCUGCGUGGCGGGAUUCUACAUUACCCGACGUCUUAACGAGAUUUCUACUCUUGACUCAUUACGUAGAGCACAGAAACGGGACCUCUGGUGUAUUGUGAUCGUGUUUGAGAUAUCCGCCCUCAUAGGAAUGCUGUAUGAUUUGGUGUUGAGAGUCAUACGGAACCAAGCUGAAGGCUGCAGCGCAAUAUUUAACCAUGGCCAGACUUUGUUUACCAUUAUAUUCUUCUUUUUCAUGGUAGCAAAGUUGCUGGCCCCUAUCUGGGUGAUGUUGUUGGUGUUCCAGCCGACACCACAGGUUAUUGUGGAGAAUGAUGACCUUGUUCCUGCGCUCACAGAUGAUGGGAACUCAGCGUUCAGUGGUUCUGACGAGCAGUAUCGACAACUGUAUCACCCGACGGAGAACUACCGUACGCUGACGUAUGACACACCCACCUCUCGUUCUCCAGUAUCCCAUUACACUCCGGCCAGUCCUGUGGGCAGUGUCAACACUGUUGUGAAUGGGACCCCGGGGACACAGUCCAGGCCUGGCGUCACUCAUCUGACCUCUAUACGUGAAGAGCUGCACUCCAAAUCAUCCAGCCCACAUUCACAAGGAAGAUCGGGAAAAAGUGUCGGCAUUGUCAAUCCAAUGCUACAUCAGUCACAGCCUAGGGAAAGUGUAGGUGGAGUGGUGAAUAAAGGAUUAAUUGAUGAUGAAGGUUUUGUUAAAAACGGGUCAACUAGUAAUGCUGUGGCUGGGAACCAGGCAAAUCAAUUAAACCAACCAAUCAGGAAUGGGGACAAGGCCCAGCCACUAAUAGAAACUCAAGGGGGAGGGGCUAUAGUUGAGGGAAAUCCAUCUAAUGUUGCUAUAGCAUCUGAGAACAGAGGGGAUGGUCCGAGAUUUACAAUAGAAAGUGCGGAUGAAGAUUCUGACUCCUCGCCUCCAAAGGCAAAGUUCCUUAUUUGAUAUAUCCAGUCAUGGUCAAUGACAGUUACAUGGUCAAAGGCAAUAAGAAUUCAUACUCUUGAUUUGUUUUUUAAUGGACAAUGACAUAUAGAUAUAGUUCUUAUAAAUAAUCAGUGCUCCAGCCAGGCUUUGAAAAGGGCACGGUGCUAGGUGAAAAGGGGUACUUUUGAUGUACAUUAAAUGAGGCUUAACGGGGCACUUGCAAGAGUCAAUUUUCAAGUCUUAUUGUGUAUGUGUUGUAACUACUAUCAAUACUAAUAAUUUGUUAUGAGUACCUCAGCUGUUAUCUUCUCUUUAAUGUCAAAAUUAUGUAUUUUUAAAAUAAUUUAUUAUUUAUACUUAUUUCUGAAAAUUGACUCAAAUGAAAGGGCACAGCAGGGUGUAGGAAAAGGCACUAGGGUGCUGGGCAGCAGGGUGACCCAACCUGCCAUUCAGGCCUAGCUGGAGCACUUUUAUAAAGAAUAUGACAUAAGCAAAAACAAUGAUGUCAUAGUUGUUACUAAAAAUAGAACUGCAUUUCCUAUGGUGAAAUGUGCAAUUAAGGUCAUGGGAACUUUAAAGAUGCCGGUAAUUAACAUUUCUGUUUUCUUUAAAACAUAUUUGAAGUGAUUAUUCAAAAGGUUACUAUGCCCAAGGUGUUCAGAACUUUGUUUAAGUUAAUAAUGUGAUUAACAAAAUCAUUUUUUUUUUCAAUAUUGAAAUAUUUGAUGAUGUGUUAAUGUAUUUAAAUAAAACUAGUACAGCUUAACCCUUUACUUCAUAGAUACGCAAUUUUACUUAUCUAUCCAUAGCUUCAUAGAUACGGAUCUUAACGUUUUAUCCAUAGCUUCAUAGAUACGUAAUCCUACGUAUUCAUAAUGUAGGGGCAUUUAUUUUCAUACCUGAUGCUUGUUUAUGCGCUAUAAAUUCAUAUUCAUGAAGUAUAAACAUCGAUAAAUACAAUGCACUAAAAAAAACACUAUGUUACUAUUUAAAGAAUUUCGGAAAAUCGCAAAAUAAGGUCACUGGUAUCAAAGAUGCGUAAAACGUUGACUGCGCAGGUUUGUGGGCAUUCCUGUCUCGUUUUCCUCGUGGAAAUUUACACAAUACUGCAAGUUAUAAUUAACUACCAAUAAUACAACUAUAUUUUAUUGAUCACGCGCCUGACGUCACAGGUCAUGGUUCGAAAACGUGUCAAAAUGUCGGCCAUGUUGGAUAAACAAAAAAUCAUCUGGCUUGUAUAAACAAAGGCCAUAAAUCAUUAUAUGGGACAUAUGUGUCACUUCUGUUUCGCUAAUCCGGUCAUAAAAAUGCGCAUCUGCUUCUACAAAUUGAAAGUAAGUACAAAUGUGUUAUAAAAUAAUGACUAUCCCUAUUGUUAAACUUUGACAUGACCCAAUUUAACAUCGAUCAGCUGUUGAAACACGUGUUUUCGAAUACACAAGAAUGCAAUGUAGAGCUAAUUUCUGCCCUUGUUAACUUCAGUUUAAAACAACAUUCCUGAAUGAUGUCAUUUAUAUUUCAGUGUUUGUCUGACGAAUCGGAACAUUCUGGCUUCAAUUAAAAUGAGUUUGAGACAUUGAGUACGACGUCGAGAAUUCAGACCUCGGCGUCACGCACACAAGGAUACGAGAAAUGAGGAUUUUUAAAAUCAAACCCAAAUGACAAUACAUGGACAUGCAAUAAACGAUAUAAAUUUAGUAAACAAUAACAUGCAGGCCUCAUUUAGUAGUUGAAUAAUAACUUUAUUUGUUCAUUGUAGUGUUAAAUAACCGAAAGUUAUACGUACUGUGACUGUUGAUCAACUUUUUUUUUCUUUUGUAUCAUAUAUAUAAAUAUACCGUGCUUCUUUGUUGUGAACUAUUUUUUAAUUCUGUCCAUCUUUGUUUCAAUUCAGGUUGCAUUAAAUGAAUUAUAAAAAUAUGUUGUUUAUAUAAUAUUUCGUGUUAUGUUUGAUAAAUAAAAGUGUAAUAAAAAUUAAUUUUCAUCAAAUUUGA